AUCCUCCGAGGAGCCUACCCUGGGCGGGCAAGCCCUCGACCCGCAAUUUUCUAGAAGACCGUUGGGCAAAGAAACGCAGCGAUGAAAAGCCCCGUCUGAGAGAGGGGGUCAAAAGACGGUUCACGAAAUUACGGUCGACCAGGGUAGAUGACGACGAAAUCAGAGUGCCCCAGCAGAUCUCGGCUGGCAGAGGAAGUGCACAAUCAACCCCUGUCCACCCCGCCGAAACGGCGACACGGCGAGAGGCAAUAUCAUCAGAGCAGUUAUACUGUUGGUUGGUGGUUGUUCAACUGCUGUUCCGAACGCCGCUCUUGUGCCUCGCAGAAUUCGCACGAGGCUCUUCAGAACGACGGGAGCCCCCACUGUUGUGGUGCCGGGAUACCGUCGCGGUUGGCGAUGACCCGCAACGUUCAGCCGCGCCGAACGACGCCGGGCCCUAACAGCAGAAGAGGAAGCUGGGGCCGCUGUGGACCGAGGCAAGUCUCGAGUCGGCUCCGCGUGCACAAUGCGUUGUCUCUCGCUUCCUCUCAAGGAGGAAGGAAGCACAAGCGAUCGGCGGUAUAUCAGGUAUCCGUACUGAUAAAAGAUGACAAACGAGCAGUCGACACUUUCUGCCAGAGACGGGCGAAUUGGCGCGUUUUCUUGACGUAUUCCACGUGUGCCGAUAAGGAAGAUAAUACGAAGUGGGAAAAGUAGAUUCAGCUAAGGUUCCGACGACCCAGCCAACUGGUUGGGCACGAGAGGGAGGGCAACUGCUGAUUGUUUAGGUGGCCCGCGCCUUUCGUCCACGGCACCGGUAUGUGCUCUCAUCGCCUGCGAUCCCUCACCGAGGGGAUCGCAGUCGGGACUUGUGUUUCCACAAGCCGGACGGCGGAGGUGGCUUGGGACCCCCCGGCUUCAACGCCCGAUCCGGUCUAGUGCAGGGCAGGGGGAACCGGGAAGUCCCCCAUGCCAUCAGCAAAAAUGCGGAGGUCGCAGUUCGGCGCCGUUCAAACGACAUUCCCGAAAGGGAACUUGGUGCCUGGGCCCCGCCCUUGCAAUGACUCCGAGGGAGACUGGACACCGGGCCGGCCAAA